AUGUCGUUCAACACUUCUCUUUUCUUUCUCAUCGUUGCAUUAUCAUCAUUUGCAUUAUGCCAAAAAGAUGCCGAAAAGAAAAAUGGACCACCAAAUGGUGGUGGACAUUUCCUAUUUGGGCCAUCUUAUUUGAAAAAUUUGACUAAAGAGGAGAAACAGGAAUACUAUAAGAUCUUCGGAAAUCAACAACUGACCAUCAAGCAACAAGAGGAACAGAGACUCGCUUUCGCCGAGAAGCAUGGAUUUGCGCAAGCCAUCAAAGACGACAUGAAACUGAAGGCUGACAACCAAGAAAUCGUCAAAAAACAGAGACCAGAAGUUAUCAAGAGUCUUCUUGAGGUCCACAAUGAAUUGAUCAAGAUUUUCGAUAACAAAGAUCAGACUGUUGCUCAACAGGAGGCUGCCGUUUCUGCCUUGAGAAAGAAAUAUCCAAAUGGUCCGGCUGUUCUGUAUUACAUUUCCCGUCUGAUCACUGGUCACGACCGUCAUCAACAUCCACGUCGCAGAAAGAACUAA